GUCCUGUGAGUGUGCUUUCAAUAAACCAGAACCCUCCCCCUGUCUGGCCAUGAGAAACUGAGAGGUCUGUUCCUCUUUUAGAAAAAAAAGUGAGCCGAGUGACUCAGUAAGCGAAUGAAAGUUAUCAGCCCCACCUUACAGAAACAGCCAAACCAACAAGGAAGCAAAUUGCGGACUAGUUAACUUUAUUUCUUUACCCCCCCCCAAAAAAAAAACACACACGAGGACUGUCGAUAAAAGUUCAGAUGUUUUUCUCUUUUUUAAAAAAACAGUGGAACUUGUACUUUUGAAAACUCGACUUCCUGAUUGACUUAGAGAAAGAGAGAGAGAGAGAGCCUGACAAAAGGAUCGGGCUCAACCAGAACAGGACUUUGAAAGACCGCAGGGAGCCAAGCGAGCUGAACUUGACCUACGGCAGAUAUCCCUUACCCGCCAGCCGUGAUUUGUAAAUGCAGGCUGACUGCCCCAUGUAGUCUGUCGACUCCCCCCGCCGGAUUGAGGCACGUGUGUCGGGGCAGGGUUAAGGGGACCAUCCUACACCUAAGUGAACUCGUCCAGGAGGCAUUGGCAUAAACCAGAGGGAAUGAGCGAUUUCUGGUUGUGUUUUGGCUGCUCGGAGGUUGAGAAGACCCAGCCGAAAAAGCGGAAACGUAUCGACAGGAGCAUGAUCGGGGAACCCAUGAACUUCGUGCACUUAACGCACGUCGGGUCAGGAGACAUGGCGAGCCAAGGCUUCUCGAUGCCAGGGUCAGUACAAGAGCGGAUGAAAUCCAAAAGUGGUAUGGUUGCCAAUUCUACUACGGAUUCAAGACAGAAUGUAGCAAAGAGCCAGUUUUCUUCACAGUGAGCACCUCCUUCAGCAAGUGAUGGGCAGGCAACAAAACCACACUUGAACACCCUUGAUUACCAAAAAUAAGGGUCUGCUCUUUACAAAAAAGCCACUUUGCAUGGUUUGGACUCAUAUUUUUAUAUAUAUAUAGACACUCUCUCUCUCUCUCAUAUACUCUCUCUCACACACACACACACACACACACACACACGCACACACAUAUAUAUACACACACACACACACAGACACGUGGAUCUCCUCUGAUUCAUCCUUUUACGGUUUGUGUCCCGCUCAAGAACUCUGUGUGAACAAUUCCUCAUGUGCGUUCCUCCUAAAAGGACACAAGCUCGCUUCAGAUAUUCCUGAGGGGGAAGAACACCGGGCUGUUGUGCCUCUCCGAAAUCUCCGCCGAAGAGUUCUUUAAAUCUGCUGUUUUGCUCAGUUCAGCUUAGUCUUCACGACCCCUUGGUUUGCAGCGCAAGUUAUUGCUUUGUGUGUGUGUGUAUGUGUGUGUGUGUGUGUGGUUUGUGCAGAGUGCAGGGGACAAUUUCUUAUGUUUAAUCUUUUGCCUGUCUGUGUGGAAAAAUUCCACCUAACAUUAUCGAUUUGAAUAAGGAAUAUGGUGAGAUGGGGGCAGGUACUUGAAGCUGGAGGUGAUCGGACUUCAGCUUGUAGGAAUAAUCUUCACUUGCUUCUGUUUGGAUUGUAAUCCUGGUUUGAAAGAAACAAAACCUCUGCCUGUCUUGAGAAAUGCAAGCCCCCAUGACACAAAGUUGACUCCAGGUGUGAGGCGACAUCUCUGCAGGCGAGCUGAUCUCGAGUCUGUAGGGCUGGUAGUAAGUUUCUAAUGGAGCUCAAUCAUUUCCUCUUCAUAUUUUUUUUCUGGGAUUUUUUGUGAUCCGAGAGAGGGUUUCUUUUGCUCUGCUUUUGUCUGCACCCGGCUCAGAAGCUGACAUGGCAGUGCAGAUCUUGAAGAGAAGUAAAGUGACACCAUUUUCUGGUUUUUCUGUGUAUCGCAGUGUUGGCUGGAAACGUGGUCCCAAAGAUUUGGUUUGUUCUGCAUCCUGGAGCAUUAAUGGAGGAUAGGCUCCCUUGUAGUUCAAGAGGGUAAACCGCACUGCCACGGGGAAGACAGAACCACACAGUCCAGGUUAUCCCCAGCCCAAUUGUUAGACUCAGGAUGGUUAAACCCAAAGGCCCAACUGUAACGCACACUGAAUCAGGCAGGGCGCAAAGCACCCUUCUUCUGAUUGCUCUCCGAGAGGCAGAAGUUAUGGGCUGGCUUUGAAGUUGCUGCCUGACUGCUGCUGUCGUCGAAAGCACUGUUGUGACCUCUUGAGUUGUGCGAGGAGAAAUGGCCUCAGCGAUAAGGAGCAACCACACAUGAGAUUACCAUUGUGGCAAAAUGGAGAGAAUUAGAUUUUCUUUAUCAUGUGGCCAGUUCCCCUUUCCAACCCCAUGCAAGCUCACGACUUGUCUAGUUGUGAUAUCAGAGCCCGGAGACCACAGGCAGUUUCCAAAUGGUCGUGCUAAUUCCCCCACAGCCCUCGAUGGCAUGCUGAGUCUUAUCGUUUUCAAGAAAGAAAGACAUGGGGGAGUAGGGGGAAGAGGCAGGGGAAAUCCUCUGAUCCAUGAAUGUAGUCCCAACUGUCAGUCCUUCCAUUGGAACCUGUUGCUCCAGGGAUGGUAAAUAUUAUUUUAGCCGGGAGGGUGGGUCGCUGGUGGUGUUUUUAAGAAGUAAUAUUUUUCAGCGAAUAUCAUGAUCUCGAAUAAACCUUUGAAAUGCUUGCGUUUGGUUUUUCUUUUUGAGAUCUGGUUUCUUGUUCUGUGGAGAGGGUGGUCGAGAUGUUCUAUGAGUUCAAAUGGGAGGGUCUGGGAAAGGGGAGGGCGACUGCAUUGAAUGAGGUUAGUGCAGUAACGAGCCAUUCAGGCCGGCAGGUCUGUGAUGGUGUACAUGCUCCACAUGUGUCUCCUCCAACCCUUUCUGUCACAAGCAGUUUUGUGUUUGUGAGGCUGAACUGGCCAACUGCAGAUUUAAAACUGUGGCUCUUGAGACAAAAAUCUUCUGUACUAACUUGAUGCGUGUGUUUUGCAAUGCCACCUUUGAAUCAGAUUGUUAGAUCCUCUGUACGCUGUUGCCACUGGAUGGAUACUACCCCAGAUUUCAACUCCUGGCAGGUGAGAAUUCCAGUGUGGGGCAGUGAAACCUGUUAAUAAGGUGAUAAGAUUUGCAGUAAAACUGAUUUUGUUUUUCCUGUUUUAAUCCUGAAACUUCGAUUGUUUUUUGAAAAACCGAGUAUUUUAACAUCCCGUGGGAAAUGAAUCAGAACUUUAUUUUAAAUUUGCUAGACAGACACAGGAGUUCUGAUGAUCCAACUGUGUGUGUGUGUGUGUGUGUGUGUGUGUGUGUGUGUGUGUGUGACUGACCACCUCUGUUCCGGACCAGCACAAACCAUUUUGAGAACUCGCUAUUUACUAUGUGAGGGAAUAAAGGCCAAAUCUCUAAUGAGACUUCUCCAAAUCCCGGGUUAGAUUCAGACCGAGGGAGGUCAUUCAAAGCAUCUCGCUUCUCCUUUCCAGACAGUCCCAUCAUCACAGCAUGCAGCUGUUUCUUAAAUUAUUCUAGGAUAUUCACUUGCAAAUGUGGGAAUUCACACUGUGUGCAUUGAAAACAGAGAGUUGAAUUGACAAUGUCGCACAGUCGUAACCUCCGCUGCCCGGAAAUCUUUUUUUUUUGUCUUCAGCAAUGGAUGAGAACUCCAAAAAAUGUUCAGAGAUGUAUUAACGCAACCCCAGCCUCCAGCAAAUUUGAUGCCAAUCUGUGCUAUUAGUCCAGAAUUCUUUUUGCCAAUGGUGGGAGUAGAAUUUCCGUAUGUUACUUAACAAAAUGCAAACUAUAAUAAAAACUGAAAGUGCUUGAGAAACUCAGUAGGUCUGGCAGCAUCCGUGGAGAGAGAAAGAGUUUACAUUGAGUCAUGUUUGACUCUUCUAUGGAAAACUGUUCCCAUUUCUCCAGCUCUUUCUACUUUUAUUUCAGAGCUUGAUUACUUGAUUAAAAUGCCAAAUAACUUUGACCUAAAGCUUCCUCAUUCCAGGGCAGGACAGCCACAGAGUUAAAUGCCAAUUCUCCUAAAAUGUACCAUUUGAUUUUUUUUUUUCUUCUCCGAUGCACUAUAUACAUACGUAUUUACUCCACCAAAUCCCAUCAUUGCUUGAAGCUUUUGCUCCUUAUUCAGGCUACGUUUCCAUAGGCUGCAUGACCUUCAGUGUCUAACUGAAGUGGAUACCUUUCCUGUGUGCACCUUGCAUUUGACCAAGAGAUCAAUGUGAUCUUAUGCUCAGCUGUCCUCGGGUAGAAUGUGAACUUGCGGCGGUCACUGGAUCAUUGGGACCACGUGGUUUCAAUUACAUAUUCCCUCACCAGUCACAUCGAGGACAGGAGUGGCUUCUUUGGGGCAAACUGGAGACUUGCAGAUUAAUUACGAGUGCAGGGAUGCCACAGCGGUCACCAGUGAGAGCCUCCUUGUCAUCAAGCAGUGGGACACAAAGGGUGAAAGUUACAGCCACUAAACGGUCUGACUGCGCUGUAUCCAAAUGAUGGGAAGGGGUGUCACAUUGGAGGCACUUCUAACUUCAGCACUUGACCAACAAGAGCAAUUAUUUGAAUGCGUGCAUACUGAUGACAGCUGGACUGUUUUACACAGCAAAACGCAACAAUUCCUUUUUCUUUGCAGAAUGUCCACUGACGGAUAGCUGGGCUAUUCCUGUAACUGUGUAGUAUUUGCAUUCCCUGGCCAAAUCAUCCUAAGUGAUAACCUUUUUAAAGAGAUAUAUAUAUAUUCGUUUGGUAAUGUUCGGGUUGAUUUCAAAGGUUUCUUAUGGUUUUUAGGCUGAACUGGCAAAGGGGAAGAACUUUGUAUGUUAUUGCUUAGGACAUACAGAGUGUUUUAAUCAAAUUUUGUCUGCUGCCUUUUAAGAAUUGUGUUGAUAUUAUGCUUUGGAAAGCAUGUUGGUUAAUGAUUCAUGAUGCAACAGAUUGAUUAGGCUGAUCUUGGACUUGAGCAUAUAGGAAACUUUUUAAAGCACGUGUUUGGACACUUUAAGAGCAAGUUGAUUGACAUUUGCUAGAAGCUGUAAGUGACCUGUUUGCAGUAUCAUUUUUUUUUCUGUUUAAGCCUUAUGUUCUCUUUGUCUGUUGUAAUGAAUGAGCUUUUUGAUGGAUCUA